UGCGAACACCCCACUAGGCGCGUGCUAACCUGUUCCAGUACGCCGCGGGAGUCCGCAGCUCCAGCUCGUCCCCGCGUCCAACACCAGCACGACCAGCCCGCUUGGCAACGGCUCACGCGACUCUGGUUGUUCAACCAUGGUCCGUUGCCCUCGAGAUGAUUGACGUACCGCGGCGCCUGCGUCGCGCCAUCCUGCUCAACGACCUGCCUCUGGUGCAGCGCAUCCUGCGCAACAACCCCAGCUACCUGCGCAAUCCCGACUACGACGAGAAGAGCAGCACCAACCUGCACCUCGCCGCCACCCAUGGCUUCACGCAGAUUGCUGAGUAUCUCGUCGACGCCGGCCACGAAGACGGCUACAUCAGCCGCAACAACGACUUUGAGACGCCGCUGAUGUUCGCCGCCAUGGCCGGCCGAGAGGAGACGGGCGUCUACCUGGCCAAGCGCUUCCCGGCGUGCAUCUCAUGGCAAAACAAAGCCGGUCUGGACGCUCUCAUGCUCUCAAGCAAGUCCGGCAGCGGCACCCUCCACCUCAUCCCGACCCUCAUCGUCCAAGACCCGACCAUCCUCACCGCCCACGACAAAUCCGGCAACACCGCCCUGCACCACGCCUCGGCCGCCGGCGAGCUCAAAGCCCUGCGCCUGCUCCUCCAGUACGGCGCCAACCCCCUCGUCGCCAACAUCUACAGCUGGACCCCGGUCCACUACUCGGCCACCCCGGCCGCAGAAGCCUACUUCAAAACGUUGAUUAUCGAAUUUGAGAAGAAAAAGGCCGAGGGCCGCCGCGAGCUGCAGGAGCGCCAGAAGCAGCGUAGUGCCGGCGUGCGCCUUGUUACUGACAGCGAUGGGUUGGUGGGGCGCGGGAGCAGCGAGAGCGAGCGCGUGAGGUCGCGCGCGAGGGAUGACGCGGGCUUGCAGGGCUUGCCCGCGCCGGGGAUGGAGUGGAGUCCGGUCGAGAAGCGGAGGGCGAUGACGCCGACCGAGGGCCGGGGGUGGACGUUUACACCUGAUGGAAUGCGGCCGCGCGCCGAGACGGCGGAGAGCAGUGGAAGUGCGAGCGGGAUGGUCUGAGCGGGCUACGGCCAUCUGUGGUGUGAGCCGGACACGGCCGUCUCUGGUGUUUAGACGGGUUUCUCUGGCGUCGACUCUUGUUCUUCGGUGUCUGGCGUCUGGCGCUGUACAAACCACAAUUCCAUCAACUCUCCCCAACCAGCACCACCAACGCCCUGACUUCCUCCCCAUCC